AUGGCAUCCUACACUGCACAACAAGUUUUCAAAACCAUUGAUAUAUUGUUAGCAAACAUAAAUAGCUUUCCAGAAGCCGAAGCCGUUUUGAAGCCACAAUUCUUUGCAUGUGCUAAAGCAGCGGAUGAUGAGCAAUGGGAUGCUCUCGAAGGAUUCUAUCAUCCGAAUGGAGUCGUGGUUCAUAAGGACAAGGAAGCAGUUUAUGGAAACAAAGCCAUCACUGCCUAUGUUGCCAAAUUUGCCGAAGCUUCUGGAAAAUCGGUUUCCACAUUCUCCAAUACUAAAUACGGAGGAGCUGGAGACUAUCUGAUCGUCACUACUGAUGUUUCAACGAAAACUGAAAAAAUGGGAACUGUCAACGCAAAGAUCUUGCAAAUAUGGAAGAAGGAAGGAGAUAGACACUUGAUUUAUCACGAUGAAUUUGAGAUCACUGCAUGA